AUGGUGGUGGUGGCGCGGGUGGCCGGUGGGUUGCUGCGCGCCCUCCUCUUCGGCAUCUUCGGGGCGGCCGGGACGGUGGUCGGCGCCGCGUACGGCCUCCUGUCUGGCUUCGUCGACGACGAGGACGGCUUCGCGCAGGGGACGCUGCUGGGGGCGCUCGCCGGAGCGCUCAUGUCCCUCGACCUCGCCCACUCCCUAAUGGCCAUAUGGGGUCACCGCCGCCAUGACGACCACUGCUCCCCCUUGGACGCUCACGCCGGGCGAAUCAAGCGCACCGUCGGCGCCGUUGUCCAACUCACGGCUCUCGCCGACCCGCAGUACUGCGGAAGACGAGGCGACAGCGCCGUCGUGGGCCUCGACCGGCCGGCAAGAUCGUCAAGCUUCGGCUUCUUUCCGCCGGUGGCCGUCGGUGCUGCAAGUGGCGGCUGCUGCCCCAUCUGCCUCCAGGAGUUCGAGGCCGGCGGCGAGCGCGCGGGGCGGCGGCUCCCGGCGUGCUCCCACGUCUUUCAUCUCGAGUGCAUCCGUAGCUGGCUCCUCCGCAAGCCCGACUGCCCCAUGUGCCGUCACGCCGUCCACUAG